CUGGCUUACGGAAGUGAAGAGCAACCCGGAAACGUUGCCGCGGCCCAGGCUCAGUUGUUGUGGUUGGGGUUGUUCGCACCGUCGUCGCUCGGGCCCUCGGGCAAGUGCCCGUCGUUUCUGAGGAGAAGCUGCCGAGGCCAGGCUGUCGCCAUCAUGCACGACGCCUUCGAGCCGGUGCUGAUCUUGGAAAAACUGCCGCUGCAGAUCGACUGCUUGGCGGCUUGGGAAGAAUGGCUCCUAGUUGGGACUAAACAAGGACAUCUUCUACUUUACAGAAUUCGAAAAGAAACUGGUUGCAAUAGGUUUGAAGUCAUAUUAGAAAAAUCAAACAAGAACUUCUCCAAGAAAAUACAGCAGAUCUAUGUUGUUUCCCAGUUCAAAAUUUUGGUCAGCCUAUUAGAAAACAACAUUUAUGUUCACGAUCUGUUGACUUUUCAACAGAUUACAACAGUUUCUAAGGCAAAAGGUGCCACUCUCUUUACUUGUGAUCUGAAGCACUCUGAUACUGGAGAAGAGGUCCUAAGAAUGUGUGUGGCAGUGAGAAAGAAGUUACAACUGUUUUAUUGGAAGGACCGAAAAUUCCAUGAGCUGCAGGGAGAUUUCAGUGUGCCAGAUGUACCUAAGUCGAUGGCAUGGUGCAAAGAUUCAAUCUGUGUUGGUUUCAAAAGGGAUUAUUAUCUAAUAAAGGUAGAUGGGAAGGGAUCAAUUAAGGAACUAUUCCCUACAGGAAAGCAGCUUGAGCCAUUAGUAGUCCCAUUAGCAGAUGGAAAAGUUGUUGUAGGCCAAGAUGAUCUAACUGUUGUGUUGAAUGAAGAAGGAGUCUGUACACAGAAAUGUGCCUUCAACUGGACAGAUAUCCCAAUAGCCAUGGAACAUCAGACUCCAUACGUGAUUGCAGUAUUGCCAAGAUAUGUAGAGAUUCGUACAUUUGAGCCCCGUCUCCUGGUUCAGAGUAUUGAACUGCAGCGGCCACGCUUCAUUACUUCUGGAGGUCCUAAUAUUGUAUAUGUGGCCAGCAAUCAUUUUGUUUGGCGCCUCAUUCCAGUUUCCAUUGCAACCCAGAUCCAGCAACUCCUCCAAGAUAAACAGUUUGAAUUGGCUUUGCAAUUGGCGGAUAUGAAAGAUGAUUCUGACAAUGAAAAACAACAACAGAUUCAUCAUAUUAAGAAUCUUUAUGCCUUCAACCUGUUCUGCCAAAAGCGCUUUGAUGAAUCAAUGCAAGUCUUUGCUAAACUUGGGACAGAUCCUACUCAUGUGAUAGGUCUCUACCCUGAACUGUUGCCCAGUGAUUACAAAAAACAGCUCCAGUAUCCAAAUGCAGUGCCAAGUCUCUCUGCAGCAGAGCUGGAGAAAGCACACCUAGCACUUAUAGACUACCUAACUCACAAAAGAAGUCAAUUAGUGAAGAAGUUGUAUGAUUCUGACCAUCAGUCCACUACAUCUCCCCUCAUGGAGGGAACCCCUACCAUAAAAUCCAAAAAGAAAUUGAUACAGAUAAUUGACACUACCCUGUUGAAAUGUUUCCUCCAUACAAAUGUAGCCUUAGUGGCACCAUUAUUGAGACUGGAGAAUAAUCAUUGCCAUAUUGAGGAAAGUGAGCACGUGCUCAAGAAAGCUCACAAAUACAGUGAAUUAAUCAUACUAUAUGAAAAGAAAGGUCUCCAUGAAAAGGCCUUGCAGGUGCUAGUGGAUCAGUCCAAGAAAGCUAAUUCUCCUUUGAAGGGCCAUGAAAGAACUGUUCAGUAUUUACAACAUUUAGGAACAGAGAACUUGAAUUUAAUAUUUUCCUAUUCGGUUUGGGUACUUAGGGAUUUCCCAGAAGAUGGAUUAAAAAUAUUUACAGAAGAUCUUCCUGAGGUAGAAUCCCUCCCGCGAAAAAGGAUUCUGAACUUCUUAUUAGAGAAUUUUAAAAACCUCGCUAUUCCUUACUUGGAGCAUGUAAUUGAUAUCUGGACAGAGUCUGGUGCAGAGUUUCACAAUUGUCUGAUUCAGCUCUACUGUGAGAAAGUCCAAGCCCUAAUGAAGGAAUAUCUCACUUCUUUCCCUCCAGAUGAAACACCAGUGCCAGCUGGAGAGGAAGAUGGGGAGCUUGGAGAGUAUCGGAAAAAACUUCUUUGCUUUCUCGAGAGUUCCAGUUAUUACAAUGCUGAGCAACUCAUCAGUGACUUCCCCUUUGAUGGUCUCCUAGAAGAACGCGCACUGCUCUUGGGACGGAUGGGAAAUCACGAGCAAGCUCUAUUUAUAUAUGUUCACAUCCUGAAGGACACCAAGAUAGCUGAAACGUACAAGCGCACUUUUUAUUGUCACAAACACUAUGACCGAAACAAGGAUGGCAGUACAGAUGUAUACUUGUCUCUGCUCCGAAUGUAUCUUUCACCACCGAGCGUUCAUUGCUUGGGACCAAUCAAGAUGGAACUCUUAGAGCCCCAAGCCAAUCUUCAAGCUGCAUUGCAGGUUUUGGAACUUCAUCACAGCAAAUUGGACACUACUAAAGCAAUAAAUCUCCUUCCGGCCAAUACUCAAAUUAGUGAGAUCCGAAUAUUCUUGGAAAAAGUCCUUGAAGAAAAUGCCCAAAAGAAACGAUUCAAUCAGAUACUUAAAAAGCUUCUCCACGCUGAAUUCCUGCGAGUGCAGGAAGAACGGAUUUUACAUCAGCAGGUGAAAUGCAUAAUCACAGAAGAAAAAGUUUGUGGUGUGUGUAAAAAGAAGAUUGGAAAUAGUGCCUUUGCCCGGUUCCCAAAUGCAGUUGUUGUGCAUUAUUUCUGCUCCAAAGAUGUUGGCUCAAUGGAUACCUGAAAGCAUUGCCACGCAUUACAUGAACUCAGUGGUUAUGAUGGUCAUAUGGAAAGAGAAAGAACGUUUGAUAAACAGUUUGAUUUCUCUAAAGAAUUUUCAGAGGCAUGUUGCUUGCAAACAGCUUGAGCCCUCCAUUGCUUUACUGGAUGAUUUCUAAUUUGCCCAGUGUGGACUGAACAACAACAACAACAAAAAAAACCAGGUUUAAACUAUAGUUAGAUACACUUAGCGGCAGAUUAACCUCAUAGUUCUUCAGCUUGAGGAAGAAUGCAAACUAAAAAUUUAAUGGGUUGCUGUUACCCUCCAGAUUUAUUGGAAUUCCUAUUCAAGGAAAAGUAAUGCUGAACAUUAAUGAUAGGAGCAAAUAGCUCCUCAUUCAAAUCCAAGAUGAGAAAAAAUCUUAUAAUUUAUCAGUGUUGUAUUAAAAUCUACUUUCAUCAGCCAUGUGGAGGCAGGUACUACCAAAAAGGCUGUACUUAGAUUUUCUUUCCUUCUAAUAUUGGAAAUAAGUAGGUACUGAUAAGCAAAUUUUGUAUCUGAAGAGAUGAUCAGCAGUAAUAGUUCCAAAGGAACUAAUCUCAUACAAUAUGAUCAGAAUUGGUAUUUUUUAGUUUAGUUUUUUGAAAAUACAAAUGAGCUUACUAUUUGCACUGUGUUUUGUCACUGACCUUAUGAGCAUAAUGAAAAUGGCAACAGUUUUUGAAGGAAAACUAGCACUUGCACUUUUACAGAAAAGAGAAAAUAAGUGAUCUUUUGAGAUUUUAAAGAGGGCAUGUUUUCAUAUUUCUGGAACAUCUGAUCUCUGUUUAAAAACAACAUUGUACUGAAAUGUUUAAGCCUUUUGUGCACUUCCCCCUUCAGGUAGAGCAGAUGCUUAUUUAAUGUCAGUAUUUUGAGUUUUUUAUACUUGUUCGGAUUGGUGCUCUUUAGUUCAGGGGUUCUCAAUCUUGGCAACUUUAAGACUUGUGGACUUCAACUCCCAGAAUUCCUCAGCCAACAAAGCUGGCUGAGGAAUUCUGGGAGUUGAAGUCCACAAGUCUUAAAGUUGCCAAGGUUGAGAACCUCUGCUUUAGUUGCUUGAUGUACGUAAAUCACUUUUUGUGUUGGAAGAAACUGCUUACUGUUAACAUACUGGAAUUUAAAUCUUUGUUGUGAAGGGGAUAAGGAUGUGAGUAUUCACAUAAAAAUAAACCCAGAAGCAUUAGUUCAUUAGCUAAAUGAGAAAUUACUUCAACUUAGUUUGGUGUUGUUAUUUUACUUUAUUGUAUUUUGUAAAUUUGACAAUGCAAUUGAGGCAUAUGAUCUAUUUACUGAUCUGGCCUAAAAUGUAAAGAUGGCCCAAAAAAGGGUGGUUAAGAUUUUCUUUUUAUAAUGUUUGUUAUGCUUGUAGUGCUUGUUAUGGUUAGAAAUGAAUGAGGAUAAAUUUAGUACAUAAUACACUGCAAAAACAGCUUGGUGUUUUGUAAUAUUUAUUUUCCUGAUAACCUUUAUUAUAUUUCCAAUGGAGUUUAUUCCAGAGAGCAUAUCUCUUUCUGAUUAUGUGCAGUUAAUUGCAUAUUGCUGCUGGUUUUAUGAUUCAUUCCUUUGUAAAUUUAAGUACCAUUUUCAACUGGUGUGUGUAUGGAACAAAGUAAUUCUCUUCUUCACAUGGAAGAAAUACAGUGCUAUUGGAUUUUGCACAUUUAUUCUCCAAAAUCUUUAUAAAGUAGGGCAGAUAACUCUUUUUGGAGAUUAAAUGAAAUAUAACAGACAAAGGACAAUUAUUGCAAAACAAAUUAUGAGUCUUGCUGACCAUUCUGACACACUUUAAAUUGUGUUUGCUGCCAAGAAAAUAGUGAGCCACUGUGGCUUCUGGUAAGUAUUUUGCUUUUCCUUCACAUCAAAGUUUUUAUGUGCCUUGGUUCAGAUUCCUGUAUCUUUUGGAGGAGAUGUUGCUUGUGUUUUUAUUGCCUGCCGGUAACCUUGUAUAAGAAUAUGGGACUCACCCAUUGUACAGUGGGCUUCUUUAAAGCAAUAAAGUAUAACAUUUUGAGGAAUUGGCACUGCAA